UGAGAUAAUUAUUAAUAUCUUAAAAGAAACCCCAUUCCCAAAUAUUUUCAAACUUUUGAGUUCCCUGCUCACUCACCGUCGCGCUCUGUUGCCUCCGUCUCUUCAAUGUCCGCUUCUCUGCAAUCCGUCGGUGUUCAAGCUCCCUCUGCCGUGCUGGAUAUGAAUCUGAUUCAGGACGAAAUGAAGAACGACGCAUCCGCCGACUCUCCAACUUCGGUUCUCGGAGACGAGGAUAAUUGCCAGAACAACGGGGAAGCUAAAUCUGAGGAAGAUUCUCUUCUAGAGGGAGGGAUUGGGGAUUCCUCUCUCAUAUCAAAGACAAUGAAGGAGGAGGAAGAAAAGUUGUUGAACUGCAGAGUGAAAGAAGAAGAAGCAAAAUCAGAAGAGCAGGCGGCACCCCACUUGAAUGAUUCUCAGUUUACCAAGCUGGACGAGCUUCUUACUCAGACACAGAUGUACACGGAGUUCUUACUAGAGAAGAUGGAUGCAAUCACACAUAAUGGAGGGGAGCAAGAGGACGAAGCUGCUGAGAAAAAGAAAGGCCGUGGUGCGAAAAGAAAAGCUGCCGGAGGAUGUAAUACGAGAAAAGCCAAGAGAGCCAUUGCAGCAAUGAUUACGAGAUCAAAAGAUGUCGGAAGUACUGAAGAUGCCAAUUUGAGCGAAGAAGACAAGGUUGAGAAAGAACAGAAGGAGCUGGUGCCAUUGUUGACUGGUGGCAAGCUGAAGUCUUAUCAACUCAAAGGUGUCAAGUGGCUGAUCUCUUUAUGGCAAAAUGGGCUGAACGGAAUCCUUGCCGAUCAAAUGGGCCUUGGGAAAACUAUUCAAACAAUUGGUUUUCUUGCACACCUUAAGGGGGAGGGUUUAAAUGGUCCCUAUUUGAUAAUAGCUCCUCUUUCUACUCUGGCAAACUGGGUGAAUGAAAUUUCAAGGUUUACUCCAACUUUGAAUGCAAUAAUUUACCACGGUGACAAGAAACAGAGGGAUGACAUAAGGAGUAAACACAUGCCUAGAUCAAUUGGCCCAAAAUUUCCAAUUAUUAUUACUUCAUAUGAAGUUGCACUAUCUGAUGCGAAAAAGUUCUUGAGACAUUACUCUUGGAAGUAUGUUGUGGUUGAUGAGGGUCACCGACUGAAAAAUUCCAAGUGUAAACUGGUGCAACAUCUAAAGUUUAUUCCCAUGGAGAACAAACUUUUGUUAACUGGAACGCCUCUGCAGAACAAUCUUGCAGAGCUUUGGUCCUUGCUGAACUUUAUAUUACCUGAUAUUUUUCAGUCUCAUGAAGAAUUUGAGUCAUGGUUUGAUCUGUCAGGAAAGUGCAACAAUGAAGACAUGAGGGAGGAGGUAGAAGAGAAGAGAAGAUCUCAGGUUGUGGCUAAACUUCAUUCCAUCCUCCGACCAUUUCUCCUCAGAAGGCUGAAGGCUGAUGUGGAGCAGCUUCUCCCCAGGAAGAAGGAAAUUAUACUAUAUGCAACCAUGACUGAGCACCAGAAGAACUUCCAGGAUCACUUAAUUAAUAAGACUCUUGAAAAUCAUUUGCGAGAUAAGGCUCUUAUAGCAGGGCGUGGCAUGAAAGGGAAGUUAAACAAUUUGGUCAUUCAGCUCCGGAAGAACUGCAAUCACCCAGAUCUCUUGGAGUCAGUCUUUGACGGCUCAUAUGAGUACCCGCCUGUUGAGCAGAUUGUUGAGCAAUGCGGCAAGUUCAAGUUACUGGAAAGGUUGCUGAAUCGGUUGUUUGAACUCAAGCAUAAAGUUCUGAUAUUUAGCCAGUGGACUAAGAUCUUGGAUAUCAUGGACUACUAUUUCAGUGAAAAAGGAUUUGCGGUGUGUAGAAUUGAUGGUAGUGUCAAGUUGGAAGAUAGACGAAGACAGAUUGACGAAUUCAAUGACAUUAACAGCAGUUGUAGAGUGUUUCUUCUCAGCACCCGAGCUGGUGGGUUGGGUAUCAACCUCACUUCAGCUGAUACUUGCAUACUCUAUGAUAGCGAUUGGAAUCCACAAAUGGAUUUGCAGGCAAUGGACAGGUGUCACAGAAUUGGUCAGACAAAACCUGUCCACGUUUACAGGCUUGCAACGGCUCAAUCGGUUGAGGGCCGAAUUCUGAAAAGGGCAUUUAGUAAGCUGAAGUUGGAGCAUGUUGUGAUUGGCAAGGGUCAAUUCCAUCAGGAACGAACCAAGGGCAACACCUUGGCCAACUUGGAGGAAGAGGAUAUACUAGCACUGCUUCGGAACGAGGAAACAGCUGAAGACAAGUUGAUACAAACAGACAUCAGCGAUGAAGACUUGGAAAUAGUGAUGGAUAGAAGCGACCUUAUUAACAUACCCACCUCUGACAAAAGCAACGAAGGAAAUGGUGCCGCUUCAGCUGGUGCUGCUGCUGGAUUUCCUGUGAAGGGCCCUGGUUGGGAGGUUGUUAUUCCCACAAUGACUGGAGGUGUGCUCUCCACCCUCAACAGCUAAAAACUUGGUGGUGGCAAAUUUUGGGGUAGUAGAAGUGGAGGAAUGCUGCUUGUUGAACUAGCCUCCCGGAACAGAGAGGUUUGUGCUUUUUUACUAGACUAGAGUUGGCGCCCCCUUCCAUUUUGGGGAAUGAUUCGAUGGUGGACAGGAAGGAGGAGGGUUAGAAGGUUGAUUUGUUUUGUUGGUAUCGUAGGAGGAGCUAAUGUAAAGCUUCGCUGAACUUAAUUUCGGAAAAGGAUUUGCUAUUGGCUGACUCUGGUAGGGUGGCUGUAUAGGUGUAAUGGAUAUAUAUUGUUGGUGGAAAUUGUGACUAUAUAUUUCGAAUGGGUUAAUUGCAUGGUUG